GCUCCUCUCUUCUCCGCUCUGCGCUGUAGCAGCAUCAGAGCUGACCAGAGCAGGGCAGGGGUGGGGGGACAGGCAGACGCAUGGUCUCUGGACUCUGUGAUGUGCAGUAAAUGGGAUUAACCCGCCCAGACAGCUCUGGGAAACAACGCUAGUAGUAGUAGAGGGGAGGACAGAGAGAGGAGGGGUCGGUAGCUGGGGGGGGGGAUCCCCGCGUAAAAAGCUUCGCCGCAUGUGGAAAACUUGCUCUGCUGGAGAGAAAACAAGCUCCCCCUUCCAAGAAAAGAAAAAAAAAAAACAGAGCCGGGUCCAGACUUGCAGCAGCGUCCGGAUCGACCUCCAGCUCUCCUUUGGCGCACAUGCCUGGUUGAUGUGGAUGAGAGGAGCGCAGCGGACCUGGGAGCAUGUUUGAAUCCUCCUGCUAAAAGUUGCAGGGAGGAAAAAACAAACCCAACUACAUUGAUCAUCUGGUUCCUUUUUUAUCUGUAUUGCUGAGAACCCAACUAAUGGAGGGCCCAGCCGGAGAGCUGCACGGCAACGAGGACGUGCGCAAGAGCGGCUACCUCCGAAAGCAGAAGUCCAUGCACCGGCGCUACUUCGUGCUGCGCGCCGCCUCGGAGCGCGGACCGGCCCGCCUGGAGUACUAUGAGAGCGAGAAGAAGUUCCGCGGCAAGGCCCCCGUCCCGAAGAAGGCGGUGGCGCUGGAGACGUGCUUCAACAUCAACAAGCGGGCCGACUCCAAAAACAAGCACAUGAUCGUGCUCUACACCCGGGCGGAGAGCUUCGCCGUGGCCGCGGAGAACCAGGAGGACCAAGAGGAGUGGUUCCAGGCCAUGGUGGAGCUGCAGUGCAAAGGUAAAAAUCCCAGUGACAGCUCGACUGCAGGGGACUAUGGAGCGCCUAAUCCAGGGCCGGCGUUCAAAGAAGUCUGGCAGGUAAAGGUGUGGCCUAAAGGCUUAGGUCAAGCCAAGAACCUGGUGGGCAUCUAUCGGCUUUGCCUAACUGACAAGACGGUCAACUUCGUGAAGCUGAACUCCGACGCAGCCGCUGUGGUGCUCCAGCUGAUGAAUGUCAGGCGCUGCGGACAUUCAGAAAACUUUUUCUUUGUCGAGGUGGGCCGCUCGGCUGUGACGGGUCCCGGCGAGUUUUGGAUGCAGGUGGAUGAUUCUGUGGUGGCCCAGAACAUGCAUGAAACCUUGCUGGAGGCCAUGAAAGCCCUGAGCGAGGAGUUCCGCCAGCGCAGUAAGUCGCAGUCGAAUUCUGGUCCUGGAGGAGGUGCCACAGCUUCCAACCCCAUCAGUGUUCCUUCGCGUCGGCACCACCCCAACCCUCCUCCCAGCCAGGUGGGCUUCCUCCGCCGUCCCCGAACUGAGCCCUCCUUAAGUGCCACUGUUGGAGUGGGAGUAGGCAGUUCAAGUGCCUCCCCCACACCUCGACACAGCUUCCCAAGGUCACGCACCGCCAGUGAUGGGGGAAAAAGUGAGGACGGGAUAACAAGUUCCACUCCACUCCAUGGUGUAAACUCAAGUCCUUCUAACAACGGCUCCUGCUCUACGACCCCAAUCCUCAGGUCAAAGUCUGCCCGCUCAGUCCCAACAACAGCUGCUAAAACUCCUUUUGGGUUGAUGCGCUCCAUCUCGACCCCGGCCCCAUCACCAGCCCCUAGUCUCUCAUCCAGCUCUGGGCACGGAUCUGAGUUUGGAGGCAUCCCAUUUGCCGGUGCUGCUGCAGGGUCUGGCGCUUAUACUCGUGUACCCUCACAUCAUACCUCAGUCUCAUGCUCACCAAGUGAUUAUGGCUCGUCUGAUGAGUAUGGUUCCAGUCCUGGGGACCACACAGCUCUUCCCUCUCAGAGCCUACCAGGAAGCUCUGUCAGCAGCACUGGCAGCCAAUCCCUUGGCGAGGACGGAGCAAACUACAUCAUGAUGGGCCAAUGUAGUGGGAGCAGCGUUGGUGUAAGCAACAAUAGUCAAAGCAACAUUACAUCCAGCUCUCAGCCUGUGCCAGGAACACCAACUAAUGGCUCACUUCCCCAGACUAGGCGGGUGCUACGACGUUCAUCUAGCCGUGAAUGUGAGGCUGAAAGAAGGCUUCUGAGCAAGCGUGCCUCCCUGCCUCCUAUGGCCCUGGAAAGACUGGCUCCACAUCAGCGCAGAGCUGAAGAACCUGCAGAUGAAGAUUCAGCUGAUUAUGCUAUUAUGUCAAGGAGCACCAGUCGGGAGUCCUUCACAUCAACCUGUUCCUCUACUCAAAGGGAAUCAACCAUGGGUUCUUCUGUAGGGGGAGGAGGGUACUUGGAUGUAGCCGGAGAGCUAAAAAGUGACAUUGGUCCAGGAGCAGUUGCUGGGGUUGAUAAUGGGUAUAUGUCCAUGUUACCAGGUGUCACUCAGCCUCCUGUUUCCUCAUGUCAAACAAUGACCGUCUCUGUUCCAGAAUCAGAUUCCAAGCCUGCUGAUGACUAUAUGGCCAUGACCCCCAACAACAGCGUGUCACCCCCACAGCAGAUUCGUCCCCUGCCAGUGGCUGAUGGCUAUAUGAUAAUGUCACCCAACAGCAGCUGCUCCCCUGACCAGCGUGGAAAUCUCUCUGAAGGCACAUGGGUUGGCAGUGCUGACAGCAGGGCUGGUAGCGACUACAUGAAUAUGUCUCCAAUCAGUGUGCCUUCUGUAAACGGCAGUCCCCCACCCAAUGAACACACUUGCCAUUUGGAGACCAGUUUGCAACAGCAGCCCCCAAAAAUGGUCUAUUCUUACUACUCCCUUCCCAGGUCGUACAAGCAUAACCCCACUUCUGGGCUUUUUGAUGAUGGGCCUGGACGAGGUCGACGUCCCAAUGGCAGCUGUAGCAGGGGAGUGGGGGGCGGUAGAAACUUAGGUGGGCAUCAAGAGCAGCCAACUGGCAGUCCAGGUGUUGGGCAGCAUCAAUCACUCUCUUCGUCCUCAUACUCCUCCAGCUCAGCUAGCAGUGAGAGUCUUGGUGAGAGCGAUGAUAGGACUAAUCAGGCGACCGGUAAAGUGACAUGUGGGUCUCAGUCCAAAGAGGGGAGCAAGAUUUCUCAGAGACGGGGUUCUGGUGGGAUGACAAAACAAGGUAAUCACUUUAGAAGUAGACCAGUAAGUCUGUUUGUAGACGUUUCUAAGGCUAACACUCUUCCAAGAGUCCGUGAGAAUCCUCUACCCCCUGAACCUAAGAGCCCUGGGGAGUAUGUAAGCAUUGAAUAUAAGGGAGUUGCCAGUGGGCGAGGCAGAGCACUUAGACAUGGAUCAUUGAUGAAUCAUGGCUCAACUAACCAGCAUCCUCAAAACAGACUAGCUUCAUCUUCAGAAAACACUGUCUUACUGUCUCGUAGUCCCUCAGCCCCAGUCUCUCCACCCACUCCCUCGGAGUAUGUAAAUAUGGAUCUCGGGCCUUCACCAUCCCCUUCGCCCCAUUCCAAUACCCAGUUAAUUUUCCCUCCUUUCCACACCCCUCCCACACCUCCAGCCCUUGCCCAUGCCCCUAAAACCUGCAAGGACACUGCUGCUAGUUUAUGUGAAGCGGCUGUUGUAGUGCCUGAACAGCCUCCUAGGAAAAGCAGGGAAAGUGCUCCCUCAGUGAGUGAGUCAGAGUUUCCUACAUCUUGUGGGGACUACACAGAGAUGGCCUUCAGCUUGAAAAACAACACUGCCCCUCGAUCAUCACCUAGUAUGUCCCCCCAGGUCCCCUCUCCCACAAGAGCCGAUUCUUCAGUUUCAAUGCUCUCUCGGGGUCUAGACUUUACCUUAGGCAAAACAGGACUGAACCCAGAUCAGGGUGCUAAGGUAAUCCGUGCUGACCCCCAAGGACGUAGGCGGCACUGCUCAGAAACCUUUGUGGCAACACCCUCCCUAUCCACGUCUGCCUCUACUUCUUCUUCAACUGCCUCCCUCUUCCCAGAGCAUACCCAGGCUGUUGCACGCCGCCUUGGUUUUGAGAGCAUGCUGUGGGGGAACGGUGCCGUCACAGAUGCUCCUACUCAACUUCCACUUCCUGCACAGCAGUCACUUCCUACAAGCAAUCAGACAUCAUCCACAGAGCAAGGUCUUAACUACAUAGACUUGGACUUGGUUAACAAAGAGAGUCCAAAUGCUGGCCUGGAAGCUGCCACAGGAGGGCAGCCCCAAUCUCGACACUUCUCUGUUCUUGGUUCAGGCUCCACGAUUGGGGUAAUGGGGGCAGCAGCUGGUGGGAGCAGUAGUUCAAGCCUCAAUACGUAUGCCAGCAUUGACUUCUACAAAUCAGAGGAGCUACGUACACAUCCAAACGGGAACAAAGAGGGAACAGGUAAGAGUUUUAACACUUAUUGAUAUAGUUGUCUCAUA